AUGACGGCGGCGCCACCACCACCAACCGGCCGCGAGCUGUCGAGCCCUCCCUCCGACGGUAUUUCGAACCUCCGUUUCUCGAACAACAGCGACCACCUACUCGUUUCUUCUUGGGACAAGAGUGUUCGACUGUACGACGCGAGUGCCAAUGUGCUGAAGGGAGAGUUUAUGCACGGAGGAGGCGUGCUUGAUUGCUGCUUUCACGACGACUCGUCGGGGUUUAGUGCCUCUGUUGAUCACACUGUUAGAAGGCUUGUAUUCAACUACAAUAGGGAGGAUAUUUUGGGGAGGCACGAUGCUCCUGUUCGUUGCAUUGAGUACUCAUACGCAACCGGCCAAGUUAUCACGGGUAGUUGGGAUAAAACCAUAAAGUGUUGGGACCCUAGAGGUGCAAGCGGCCAAGAUCGAUCUCUUGUGGGCACUUACUCCCAGCCAGAACGUGUUUACUCAAUGUCCCUUGUUGGCACCCGAUUGGUGAUUGCAACUGCUGGAAGACACGUGAAUGUUUAUGACCUUCGAAACAUGUCUCAACCCGAGCAACGAAGGGAGUCUUCUUUGAAGUAUCAGACGAGAUGUGUCCGAUGUUACCCUAACGGGACAGGCUAUGCUCUGAGUAGCGUGGAAGGUAGGGUUGCUAUGGAAUUCUUUGAUCUGUCUGAAGUUGGUCAAUCGAAGAAAUAUGCAUUUAAAUGUCAUAGAAAAACAGAGGCAGGAAGGGAUAUUGUCUACCCUGUGAAUGCCAUUGCAUUCCACCCUAUCUAUGGUACUUUUGCUACGGGAGGUUGUGAUGGCUAUGUGAAUGUGUGGGAUGGAAACAACAAGAAGAGGUUGUACCAAUACGCUAAGUACCCAACAAGCAUUGCAGCUUUGUCGUUUAGCAGGGACGGCAAACUCUUAGCCGUUGCAUCAAGCUAUACAUAUGAAGAGGGUGAAAAACAACAUGAGCCAGAUGCCAUAUUUGUCCGGAGUGUGAACGAAGUUGAGGUAAAGCCGAAGCCGAAAGUGCUUCCGAAUCCUGCUGCAUGA